AUGACCAAGACUGUUGAUGAAGCUAAGGUUCUUAUUGAGAAUCUUGCAGCUAGUGAUUGUAACAACUGUCCUGAUUAUGACCGCUCAAGCCGCACCACUACUAGCUCCCCUGAUUCUUUUCAAAUGACUGAACUCAAGAACAUGAUGGCUCAAGUUCUUAAGGGACAGCUCAAGCAUAUCAAUGCAAUAGAAGGGAUGAGUGAUGCUAAUGAAGAUUCAUCAAGAGAAUGCAUGGGAGAUUUCUCUAAUGAAGCCAAUGAAGAAGAUGUGAACUACAUUGGAAACUAUGGGAACAAGGGAUACAAUCCAAGCUAUCGCCCAAACCCCAACAUGUCUAUAGAAACCCCAAUGUGGAGAAUCCUCAAGACCAAGUGUAUCCUCCAAGGUAUCCACAACAACAAAGACCUCCUUACCAAUCUCAAGGAAGUCAAUUUCAGCCAAGGCAAGGAUAUGAGCAGAGAUCAUCAUAUCCGCCCAAGGAGCCAUAUGCUUCUUCACCAAAUCAAGCUCCUCCAAACCAACAAGGUGGGAGAUUUGAAGGAAUCCUCCAACAGAUCAUGGAUGGCCAGAAGAGAAACACUAAAGAGAUGUAUGAGAAGAUGGACACUUUGUUCAGCAAUCUCAACACCAAGUAUGAUGCUGUUGCCACUCAUGUGA